CAGUGAUGACAGCAGAGCCCCUGACUCAGAUGCUCUAGUUAAUCUGUAACCAGCUGGGUUUAAGAAAGGGAGCAGGGGAGCCAGAAACUUAGUUUGAACCUGACACAGCAGCUGCAAGGACAAAAGCUUUUAGACAAAAUCAACCAAAAGUAAAAUGCAGAGACUACAGGCACCUCUUCUGGUCGUUCUUCUAUGCUGCUGCUUGUCGAGAGCCAACCGGGUCUACGUUCACCCCUUCUAUCUUUUUGCUGCUGAGAAUGUCAGCUGUGAGACCCUGCACAACCAGAUCAGCAAGCCUCUGGAAACACUCCCUGUUAGCCCCCUCGACAGUGAAGUCUUAACACCAGACAACAGGGACCCAUCAAAAGUGAAUCCACAGAACAUCACAGAAAGGACAGCGGUUCUGGCUGGGCUGCUGAACCCUCUAGGCCUGAGGAUGUAUGUUGCUCUCAGCAGGAAGCAGAGAAGUGAAAACACCCUCUUUUCACCCGUCAACACAUGUGGCUCUUUAUUUAGUUUCUACCUGGGAGCUUCCAAGACGACGGCAAGCUAUUUUCUGCGUCUUCUGGGCCUCAGUGACACCGACAGAGAGGAAUGUUUGUCCAUAGUGGAUGGACACAAGGUUCUGGGCACGCUACAGAACAUUCAUUCUUUGGUGGACGAUGGACCCAAAGAGAAAAUUACCACCCAGGUCUGGGCCUUCGCUCGCAAGGGUGCUCAGCUGUCCAGGGACUUUAUCCAAGGAACACAGGACUUCUCAGACUCUUCAUAUAUCAGAGGAGUGGACUUCUCCAACCCUCAGGAGACGGAGAAGUUGUUGAACAGCUUUGUGGAGAAAACAUCCAAUGGAAGCUUGAGGAACGUCUUUGCUGACCUCAAUUCCAGCAGCAACAUUUUGUUCCUCUCCUCCUUCAACUUUCAAGGGAAGUGGAAAACAGCUUUCCAACCCGAGAAGACUUCCCUGCAGGAGUUUUACGUGAAUCCAACAACAACAGUGAUGAGUCCGAUGAUGACGCGCACAGGCCACUACCACUACCUCAACGAUAAGUUGAGGAGGUGCACGGUUCUGAAGCUGUCUCUGAGCAAACAGGCCUACAUGAUGCUGGUCCUGCCUCAUGAAGGGGUCAACCUCAGUGACAUUGAGACGGAAGCAAACUUACAUACAAAUGUUUUUUCUGCCUGGCAUCAGAACCUACAGGAAGGUCCAUUGGAGCUGUCACUCCCUAAGCUUUCCACAUCUUCUGUGAAUGACUUGAAUGAGCUGCUGACCAACAUGAACCCGGAGAUUGAGGCCAAGCUGCUUGGCUCUGAGGCCGAGUUCAGCCAGCUCAGCAACAUCACACUAUUCAGCAUAGAUAAGGCUGUAAACACGGUGCGGUUCGACAUGUCAGAAGAAGGAGCAGAACCUCAAGACAAAAAAGAAGCAGCAGGCGUCCCUCUGAGAUUGUCAUUCAACAGACCGUUCUUCUUCUCCGUCAUUGAAGGAUACAAUAACGCCAUUCUCCUCCUGGGCAAGAUCACCAACCCCUUACUUUGAAGAUGGAUAGCAGGAUGAACAAUACUGUACUCAACUAACUGUAUUUAAUUAUUAUUAAAGUAUGUCUACAGCUUACAUUUCUGCAGGAAAUUGCCUUUUAUUAUUUUUUACGAGCUAUAAUGAUUGUGAGGUUUUACUGAGAGGUGGAGCUCAUUAAAGAAUGACUUAUUGAGAAUAUUUUAUUAAUUUUAAGCCAGUAUUUAAAACAUUACCUCACUGGAGGCUGAUGCUUUACAGUCAGCUGAAAAUGUAGUUUAUUUCUUUUGCAGUAAAAAGUUUUGUACUGUAUUUUCCAGUGGGAUGGGUAACAUGAACCAUGGUUGUCUAUUUUGAAGGAAAAUCUGUUUUUCACUUUGAUUUGCAAUGGCAAAAAUAAAUGGAUUUUGAAAACUGAAA